CAGAACUCCUUACAUUACAGAAUCUAAGCUGCCAACGAGGACGAGACUCGCCUACAACAGUCGCGGAGGAUUGUUUUGAACUCGUUCGCUCAUAUGCUCCAAAUCUAUAGCUGGGCUACGACCUACUAGAUGACAGGACGGCGAGCACUUACUGCCGCGGUCGGCGCUGUGUGCCGAGCAGCGGCCCCAGUAGAAUGCCGACUCACCGCGGCUGCAGCUGCGGUGCCAUCGCUGCUGGUACCGACUAGCCCUGCAGCACUGUGGACUGCAUCAGAAAGUGUGCAGCCCUCGUUGCGGCUUGCGGAGGAGGCGCGGGCAUUGUCGCACGCCCACGCGACGACAUCAUCUCGCGGGUUCUUCACGGCUUACACGCCAGCCUCAAAAGUCUUCAGGCAGCGGAAGCUGGUCGGCUGGACUCCCGAGCAGCUGUACGCCGUCGUGUCACGUGUGGAGGAUUACCACCUGUUUGUGCCAUGGUGCCAGAAGAGCCGAGUCACACGCCCGCCCGGGCCGCUGCCGCCGCCGCAUCAGCUACGGCAGCAGCAACAGCAGCAGCAGCACCUGCGGAGCCAGGGGGCUGCAGCAGCGGCGGCGGGCCGGGCAGCCGGGGCCGCUGCCGCUACAGCCAGCGGCGCGGGAGGCGGGGGAGUUGCUACUGCCGACCGGGCGCAGGGCCAGGGGCAGGGGCAGGGCCAGGCGGGCCCUAGCUACAUGGAGGCGGAGCUGGAGGUGGGCUUCCAGCUGCUGGUGGAGAGGUACACCAGCCAAAUCUACCUGACCCCGGGCCGCGCCGUGCGCUCCGCCGUGCCCGACUCCUCCCUGUUUGACCACCUGGACUCCACCUGGACCAUGGAGCCCGGCCCCGCGCCCGCCACAUGCUGGCUGUCCUUCCACGUGGACUUCGCCUUCCGCUCGCAGCUGCACGGCUACCUGGCGGACCUGUUCUUCAGCGAGGUGGUCAAGCAGAUGAGUAACGCCUUCGAGGGCCGCUGCGCCAGGCUGUACGGGCCUUCAUCGCUACUCAGCCCGCCGCGGCCGCGGACCGGCGGCGCUGCGCACACGCAUACACAUACGCAUCAGCAGCACCAGCAGCAGCCUCACACGCACACGCAUCAGCACCCCGCGCAUAGCAGCACUGCCCGCGCCGGCAGCAGCACCAGCAGCAGCAACAGCCCAGCGAGGCCCAUGUCGCCGAAAGCGCCUGCGGGGAGCUCCGGCACCGAUUCGGGAACCGGGUCACCCGGCAAGACAGCAGCAGCAGCCGCAGCAGCCGCAGGGGCAGUAGCAGCUGGGCGGUGAUGAGGCGUGUUGUUGUCAAGCGCGGUUGUAGGGUGCACGAGGUCUGUGGGGAGAGGUAAUUGGAUGGGGUGCAGGGCGACGGCAUUUGGAGCUAACACACGUCCACGGAUGCUUAGGUUUACAGGAUGGCGCUUAAUGUCACGGGAUGGGACAUUGGCAUUACAUUUCUUCGUGAUGGCGCUUGAUGGCAUGUGAUACAGAGGGCAGCAGAAAACGUAUGCGGCCCGUGGCCAGAAGCCGGUGCUAGUGCGAGAUGUAGCAUCCGCGCGGCAAUGUGCGUCAUUUCGGGUAGUGUUGCGGACAACGGACAAUUUGAGGCCGUGGUUGCAUCUACCACACGGAAAGAAACACGCAGGGCAGUGUAUGCAAUGUUUGGUUAUAUGUAUGUCUACCGUAUGUGAAUGUGUAUGUGCAAAACGGCAUGUACCAGAAUUUGUUCGGGGGAGUAGGGGUGAGAGCGGAGGAGUGGCGUGGGUACGAAGAACUUUAACGAGAAGAACUGUUGUGCGGACAAAGCAGAAGCAAGCCUUUUGCCGGAGUGGAGCAUGGGCGGCGCGGGCGAUUACAGAUGUGCGGGUUGAUGCCAGGUGCUGAUGCGGAUGCCUGUGCAGCACCAGCGCCGGGCCCAGCCGUGUGUUUGAGCGGCGGUGUAGUACUGGGCGGGUGGGGCGGGCGCAGAGCGCUGACCCAUUGGGAGAGAUGGUGGACGGAAGUCAUGGCGGACAUGACUACGGGCUGCCGCCGCAGGUGGACACACUCGUGGCAUGGCCGGACUGGGGAGAUGGUGCGGGCGCCUCCGCAAAAUGGGUGCGUGCCACACACCCCCGGCGCGCGUGGCCAGGAGGCGCUCACGGCACGGGUGCAUGUGGGUGAUGGAGUAGCGACACGUGCUUGCCGGUGCCUUGCACACGUGCGCAAGCGCGCACACCGGCAGUUCGGGACACACGGAUGGGCGGCGGGUGGAUUGGGCGAAAGGACUGGACUGGGUACAUGUUGCCGGUCCAGCAUUCUGAAAUCUGGUUUUGUAUGGUGAACCGUGCGCCGAUGUAACGCGUAACAUGU